AUGGCAGCUUCCGACGACCUCAUCAACUUCGACAUCAUCGAAGCGCAAAAAGAAAACAUCCAGGCGCUACCCAGCGGACGCUCUGCCAAAAAGCUGGCUGAACUGUUCUCGCCGUCUCCUCUGCACAAGGUCGACACACCCACACCAUCCGAUACCAAAAAUGUCAAUGACUGCAUCCGCGCAGAGUACGAGGAGGAAAUCCAGAACAUUUCAGAGUCGGACGACCCCCUCGACAUCUUCGACCGCUACGUGCGCUGGACCCUAGACGCAUACCCCUCGGCACAGGCUACACCAGCAUCCCAACUUCACACGCUGCUGGAGCGCGCAACAAAAAUCUUCAUCAACUCAGCACAGUACAAGAACGACCCCAGAUAUCUCAAGCUCUGGGUUCUUUACAUUCAGUUCUUCGCUGACUCACCCCGCGAAACCUUCCUCUUCCUGUCCAGACACAGCAUCGGCGAGAGUCUGGCUCUGUUCUACGAAGAAUACGCUGCUUGGCUUGAGGGUGCCGGCAGGUGGAACCAGGCUGAGGAAGUCUACAAGCUGGGAAUCGAGCGCGAGGCCAGGCCAGUGCAGCGCUUGCUGCGCAAGUUCAAAGAGUUCGAGGAGAGGCUCGCACAACAACCAGAGGAAGCCGUUAGACCUUCGUCACCGGCGCUCCCCACCAUGCGACCUGCUCUGGCUGCAAAGAUCGACCCCUUCGCGGCUGCUCGCGCGGCCGCUGCAGCCCCUGCAGACCCUCAGGCACCUCGCCCAAGUGCGGGUGUCGGUGGCCCUGCCUCAAAGCCUGGAAAGGCCAAGAUGGCCAUAUUUUCAGAUGCCGACGCCGCACCCCCAGCGUUGUCGGCGCGUGGAUCUGGAUCCAAGGGCUGGGACAGCAUCGGCUCCCUGGCCGACCGAAAGAAGGAGAACGUGAUGGAGCCCAAGCCGUGGGCGGGUGAGACGUUGAAGGCGGGAGGAAAGAAGAGCACUGCUCCCAAGAUGGCGAUUUUCAGGGAUACGGACUAA